AUGCCUUCUCGGCAGCUCACGGUCUCCCACCUUGUCUUCCCGCUCACUGCCUCGCCUCGUCUCUCUGAACUGUGCCGGAGCACCCCUGAUGUCCCAGAUUGCAGGCAUCCCCGUGGCAGGCAGGGAGGGGCCCAGGCAGCGGCUGGCUGGGGCUCACGCCGUCUCCCUCUCGCAGCUAUCCGAGUGAGCUGCACGGGCUCCUGCAGGGUCUCCAGCAAGGCCAACGACGCUGCGUGGGUGUCCGAGGAGGGCUACUUCAACAGCGCGCUGUCGCUGGCCGACAAGGGGACCCUGCCUGCUGGAGAGCACAACUUCCCCUUCCAGUUCCUGCUUCCUGCCGCAGUGCCCACAUCCUUCGAGGGCUCUUUUGGGAAGAUUGUGUACCAGGUGCGGGCCACCAUCGACACGCCACGUUUCUUCAAGGACCACCAGUGCAGCAGUGUGUUCUACAUCUUGAGCCCCCUGAACCUGAACAGCAUCCCAGACAUUGAGCAACCCAAUGUGGCCUCCACCACCAAGAAGUUCUCCUACAAGCUGGUGAAGACGGGCAGCGUGGUCCUCACUGCCAGCACUGAGCUCCGAGGCUACGUGGUGGGGCAGGUUCUGCGGCUGCAGGCUGACAUCGAGAACCAGUCGGGCAAGGACACCAGCCCCGUGGUGGCCAGCCUGCUGCAGAAAGUGUCCUAUAAGGCCAAGCGCUGGAUCUGCGACGUGCGGGCCAUCGCGGAGGUGGAGGGGGCGGGCGCCAAGGCCUGGAGGCAGGCGCACUGGCAGGAGCAGAUCCUGGUGCCUGCCCUGCCGCAGUCCGUCUUGCCGGGCUGCAGCCUCAUCCACGUGGACUACUACCUGCAGGUCUCCCUGAAGGUGCCUGAAGCCACCGUGACUCUCCCGGUCUUCAUCGGCAAUAUCGCUGUGAACCAAGUCCCGCUGAGCCCCCAGCCAGGUCUAGGGCGGCCCCCUGGGGCCCUGUCCUUGGUGGUGCCCUCAGCGCCACCCCAGGAGGAGGCCGAGGCUGCUGCUGGAGGGCCUCCCUUCGCAGACCCCGGCUCCCUCUUCACCAAGAGCUGCUCACAGCAGCCGCCACCACCUGCUGCCUUGGGCUCCGUGCCUGGUGCCCCUGAACCCCGACCUCAGGACGGAAGCCCCGCCUCCCACCCUCUGGCCCCUGCCUUGUGCAUCUCCACGGGUGCCACCGUGCCCUACUUUGCAGAGGGUUCUGGAGGGCCGGUGCCCACCACCAGUUCCUUGAUCCAACCCCCGGAGUACAGCUCGUGGGGCCACCCCUAUGAGGCCCCGCCGUCCUAUGAGCAGAGCUGCGGCGGUGCGGACCCCGGCCUGACCCCGGGGAGCUGACUGCGUGCCGCCUUCUCCAGGCAGGCCGACCUCUGCCCUGGGUCCGGGCGCCCAGGGCCUGUGCCUUUGCUCCUGGCCUGGCCUGGCCCACGCAGGACUCGCCGCGCCCGGCCGCCCCCUCCGCUUCCUGGGGCCGCCUCUGCCACCUGCUGCAGUCGGCGUCUUCUGGCGGGCUGGAGAUGGAUGGACGCCUUGUAAAUAAAGCGCUUCAUUUGUA